GUGUUAGUCAAUUUUACAGCAUGGGGUUAACAUGUAUUUGUUUUCAUUUUUUUCACUGUAGACCUGAUGCCACUGAAAGAAGAGAGUCAAGAACUGAAUGAAAUGGAAGAAGAAUAUCAUGAUUUCAUAACUGGGAAAAAAUCCACAAAGACCGAAAAGACUUCCUCACGAAAAAGAGCCCAGAAGAAACCUUACAGGUUUUGCACCUGCCAUCAGUGUGGAAAGAGAUUCAGUCAAAAACAAAACCUUAAAAUCCACAUGAGAAUUCACACGGGAGAGAAACCGUACACCUGUCAACGGUGUGGAAAGAGUUUCAGUCAAAAAGGGAACCUUAAAAGCCACAUGAAAAUUCACACGGGAGAGAAGCGUUUCAUCUGCCAACAGUGUGGAAACAGUUUCACUCAAAAAGGGAACCUUAAAAAACACAUGGGUAUCCACACCGGAGAGAAGCCGUUCACAUGUGAUCAGUGUGGAAAGAGUUUCACACACAAAGACAUCCUUAAUUCCCACAUGAGGAUUCACUCAAGAGAGGACUGUUUUUUAUGUCAGCAGUGUGGAAGAAGUUUCGCUCAUAAAGUAAGCUUCAAGAUUCACAUGAGAGUUCACACGGGAGAGGAGCCUUACGCAUGCUCUCAGUGUGGAAAGAGUUUCAGAUAUAAACCAUCUCUUGAUUCCCACAUGAGAGUUCACACUGGAGAAAACCCU